GACAACGUCGCGCGAGCAUUGCAUCGGAGGCCGGCUAACUUUUAAAAUCUUCAGUCAGCUUGGUCGCGGUUUUAGAGUGUGUCGCUCUUCGUCACUCGCGUUUUUUAUACUUUUUUCAUCCGUGUAAGACCGUGUGUGAUCCGAGUGACUUUUGCGAACGCUAAACCGGACGAUGUAGCUGCAGAAGUGUGGAUUUCAGACGCUCAGUGACAAAAUGUGCACUAAAAAUGGAUAUCCUGAUACCAAAGGAUCGUCCCUGGAGCUGAUGCCCAGUAUUAUGGGCGCAUUCGACGCAAUCAUCGGAGGCAGCCAGAAAGAACGGAACUGUACUGAAGGCGAUCAAAUAAGGACGAGCACUCCGAAACGCAGCCACCAAGUGGGGAACUUCGCUAAUCUAUCGCCUUGCGUCCAGAAGAUCCUCUCGAACGUUCCUGAGCAGGAGAUCUCGAAGAAGUUCAGCUCGGAAGAGACAUUGAAUUCGAGUACGAUACGCAGGUCUACGUAUCGGCCUACCUACAGAUCAUUCCGCUCCCCGGAGAAGCAGAGCCCGCUGAACAGGAGCAACGAAAGCCUGGACAUAAUCUCGACGAACGUCCAGAAGAUGUUGUCGAACCUCCCCGACGCCGAACUGGUCAUCAGCGCCAGUCAGUUGAACCUUUCCAAGAACACGACGUACCUGCACGCGUCCAGAAGCGAAUUCCUGCACCGCGUUCUGGAACAGCAGGGAGAAAGUGAACGCGACGGCGGUAAAAGCGACAGACGGACGGUUAGGGAGGGGGGAGAAGUGACAGAUGACGGUGGGGAAAAAGUGGGGGAACAGUGUCAGUGCUACGGGCAGAGGCCGUUGGGCAGCUAUCUGCAUUCGUCGCACGGGAUCGCCUCGAGGACGCCUACCGGGAGGAAAAACGCGGGGAAAUUCUUGCAGAUUCCAAGCGAAAGCAGUGUAGGCAAUACGAGCAGUACGGCGUCCUCGGAGGUGUCCCGACCAGUGUCCCUGACUAGUCUGGGCUCCUGUUCCUCCAGUGGGAGCAGCGGGCCACAUCAGCCUGGAUCAGUUUAUCUGGCUUCCGCUGAAAGCCUGGAUAGCGAUCCGGAACCCACUGGUAGCCAGGGUUCUGCAGAUAGUGGAAUAGCCGAACAAGAACAAACUUCUUCAACACCCGAACAACGCGUACUUCAAGAAGUAUUAGAAACUGAAACCGUCUAUGUCGCGGACUUGGGAGAAGUUAUCCAUGGCUAUCUUGAGGUGUGGAGAAACGAUCCAGACUGUCCAUUAGCUCAGCAUUUACCGUAUUUGUUCAACAAUUUAGAAGAAAUCUACAAAUUCAACCGAUCGUUUCUAGAAGAUCUCCGUAAGGCAGAAUGUGAUCCGACAGAGACGGCCAACUGCUUCCUGAUCCACGACAACGGCUUCUCAGUUUACACCCAGUACUGCACAUCGUACCCACGUACCAUGGAGGUGCUCAGCAGGUUGACUAACGAUGACAGAAUGGCCGCCCUGUUCAGGGAACGACAGAUAGCACUUGGACAUAAGCUGCCUCUCGGAUCGUACUUGCUCAAACCCGUGCAGAGGAUACUCAAGUACCACUUGCUGUUGCAGCGUCUGUCAAAGCAGUGCGCGAGCGCGCACAAGCCCGCCGUCGACCUGGCGUUGACGACAAUGACGGGCAUCGCGUCGGACAUAAACAACAUGAAACGCAAACACGAACAUGCUGUCAGGGUGCAGGAGAUCCAAGCGCAACUGUACGGCUGGCCAGGCAGGGAUUUGACGUCGCUCGGGGAAUUGAUCGCCGAGGGGACAUUUAGGGUCGUAGGGGCUAGGGGACGCAGGCACGUCUUUUUGUUCGAAAAGGUGCUGUUGAUGGCCAAGAGCAAGCAGGAUGGGGCGCUUGCGUACAAGACGCACAUUAUGUGCUCGAACCUCAUGCUAGUGGAACAAGUCAGAGGAGAACCGCUCUCCUUUCAAGUUUUACCGUUUGACAAUCCGAGGUUGCAAUCGACGCUGAAAGCAAGAUCUCUUCAGCACAAACGAGAAUGGACGUUGCAAAUCAAGAGGGUCAUUUUGGAAAACUACACUUCAGUUAUCCCGAAUAGAGUCAGGCAGCUGGUACUGCAACUUGGGCAGGAUCUCAACGAAAAAGACUUGGAGACGACGGAGAAAUGGCUGCCGCUGAAACCGUCCACCACGCCUCACUACUUGGAACGCCGCAGUCGGAUGAGGAAAACGCGCGACUUCUCCAACCGCAGAGCCUCGUCUCAGGACCGUUCGUUCGUCUCGCUGGGCAGCUGGCGGAGAAAAUCGGAGCCGAGCAUGAUCCCGCAGUACAAUUCGAAGACGGUCCCGAAGAAGAUCAGCAAAUUGAAAAAGAAUAAAGAGCAAACGAUGAACGCGACUUUUUACACGGACCUGUCCGACUCCGAGACGUGCGACGCGAUUGGCGAGAGUACGGAGAGUCUGAUCCAAAAUGGGGGCGGCGAGGUGCGGAACGAAGAACGGGAAGACGAGAAGGCUGAUUGUCCGGUCAAGACGAAUUUGGAGAAGAUCGUCUCGGAGAUAUUGAUGCAGAAUCAGAAGAUGUUUGGCAACAGGCAGAAUACGAACAGACGCAACGUUACAAGCGACCCUGCACCGUCGACGUGGUUUGAAGAGAAGUUGAAAUUACCAGCAAAGUCCGAUUCUCUACCCCGAUCUUUCCAGUUGAGUGAUAAAAUUGAGACUGACACAAAUAGUGUGGUGGAAUGCAAAAACGAAAGGCUAGUGCAUGAUAUGACGUCGAAGGAAAAUACUUCCGGGGACGUUGACGAACAGCGCGAGAACGAAUUGUCAUCUCGUCUGGAGGACAACAGCGAGCAUCCUGAGCACAAAAUCUAUCGGAAAUCCGCGAUUCGCUUCAGCCUGCUGCAGCGACUGAGACACAUCGUGUCAGAAGAGCAACGGAGACAGAGACACGUGCCUCCGGAACCGCCGCACCGGACUUCCUCCCGGAGCAUCGGAGAGAAAAUGGCCAACCCGGACUACGCGGAUCCUCAGAAAUUGUUGCUGGGGUCCAAGGUCAACUUGGCAGUGGAAGAAAGUAGGGAGCUGGACGACGAGACGGAUAUGAUGGGCGAGGUGGAGCAUCUAGAUCUUACGAUAAACGAAAAGGAGGUGCUGAACGAGAUCGACAAACGGCUAAACAGCAGCUCGAGCGCCAGCAGCGACAGUACGGAAGUGCCGGACACAGGCCAAGAAGACCCGACCGCCAGUGUUGACCAAUCACCUUCCGCCAGCAACGCCUGCUCACCACCGCCUCUCCACAACGAUUCUAGUCGCGUGACGCCUGACCCUGACAGCUAUUACGAGAGCCUUCUGGAGGACAACCUGACCGAGGAGUACGUGAAGGACUCCAGCGGGAGAUUGGUGGCCAAACAGGACAGUUUCAGCGGGAACGGCGACAGGUGUACGGUGGUUUUCGCGCAAAAGUACAAAUAUUUCGAGGACCAGUGUGGUACUACCAGUGGCGCUGCGCAAAAGGUGGCGAGGAGACCCACGAAAGCGCCCCCACCGAUUCCAGUAAAACCCGCCCGACUGAGCAUCAGGACCAGCACCAGCGAAGGCUCUAUACUGGCCAAAGCGACGCAUGAUGACCAGAAAGAAGAAAACGUCGGACAAGAUGACGCGAUCACCCCCACCACUGCCACAAGUUGGGUGAAAGCCAUGGUGGGGAGGUUCGAAUGAUAUUCGGGGAAUCACUAACGGUGAUUUAGUGAUUUUGUGCAAUGCAAAAUGUCGCAGAUUCGGCGAUGAUUUCAGUAAGCGGUACUAAGGGCUCUUCCUUAACUUGAGGGUUCCUUAUUGUGAGGACGUUGCCUUGAGUUGUCAGAUUUUUAGCUCAAAAAAGAUAUAGAUAUUUCAUUAAUUUCCUUAAGGUGGCACAUCCCUCUUUUCAACUUCUUGUUUGCAGCAGUAUCCUGAAUCCUUUUCAUCUGAUAAUUUCAUGGUGUGUAGAGAGAUGACUAAAAAACAAUGUUUUAAUUUUUUUGUCAAGAAAUGCAUGUUUGUAUUAUUCUUUCUGCAAUCGGAACUUGUUAACAAAUAUAAGUACAGCUCUGAAAUUGUGUGUGAAUAUUCCUCUUUUAUGGAAGAAUGAAACGAGUGAUUACUUUUGAUCUUAUCACUUUUCAUUUUCGAAAAGUCUUUGAUUUCCUUGAAGCCUCGUCUGGCAGCAAGUUUAGUUUUCAAGAAAAGCAAAGAUUUUUCGAAAAGGAAAAGUGGUAAGAACGAAAGUAAUCACUCAUUUCAUUCCUCCAUAAAAGAGGAAUUUUCACAGACAAUUUCAGACCUGUGCUUAUAUUUGUUAACAAGUUCCGAUUGAAGAAAGAAUACACAAUAAAAUAGAUUUUUGAAAAAAAAAAUAAAAACAUUGUUUUUUAGUCAUCUCUCUAUAAUACACACCAUAGAAUUAUCAGAUGAAAAAAAUCUAACAAAAGGGACGUGUCACCUUAAGAAAGGCUUAACUGUUUUGCAUUUAUCAAUUAAUUAUCGAUAGCGAAAGAUAAGGCGGUUUCAGAUCAAAAAAUACUAGUCCAGAUAACAUCCAGAAAAAAUUGUGAUACGGAUUUUUACCAUAAUAUUAUUUGAAAAGGACACAGUUGAAAAAAAAAUUAUGCUGUUAGUCCCAAAAUUGCGUCAAAAAUUGUUUAAACGGUUUUUUCAAGCCAAUUGCAAAAUUUGUUUUUUAGCUCCUGUUAGCGUUUUGAGGCUUUUUAAGAUACUCUAAACAAAAAAGGUGCUUUAGAACUUUUCUCAAUAGUUGAUAAUUUGUCGUGAUAUAAACGAUUCAAUAUUCCAAAAAAAGUUUAGGAUAUGUGAUUUUCGAUCCGGAAAAACAACUUGAAAAAGCGAAAAUUUUAAUGCUGUCAAUGUUCCUAAAUAUUCUUCAAAUAUCUGGUAACAAAAUUACAAAGCAUUUUAGGAGAUAAUGUUAUUGUGAACCUUUGUUUUUUAAUGCGCGAGAGAGAUGUGGCAUAGAGGCCAUUAAACAUUAACAAUUAAAAAACAAACGUGUACAAUAAUAGUACCCAAAAAUGCUUUGGGGUUUUGUUAAAGAAUAUUUGGAGAAUAUUUAAGAACAUUGAAAACAUUACAAUCUUCGUUUUUUCGUAUUGUUUUUUGGGGUCGAAAAUGACGUAUUUUUUCUGUUCGAAAAAUAGAUGGAGAUAUUUUAGAGGGUGAUUCCUACCUAAGAAAUAUGAAAAAAAGUUUCUAUAAACACGGGUCCGAAAAUGCAGUUUUCCAGAUACAUGGUGAUAAGUUUGACAAUAUUAUUUUUUGUAUUAAGAGGAUAAUUUAGCCCCAAAUAGAUCGGGGGCACCUUAAAAAAUGUACGCCACUGCCUUUUUUUGUAACUUUAAUAUUUGUUGUUUGAUUAAGCAUCUAAAAAUACAACUUUGCCUCUUGUAUUUUUUUGGUAUCUCACUUCGUUUUAGAAAAAAAAAUAAAAAUCGUUUCUUCCAUAUCACAUGACAAAAUCGGUUUCCCAAAAAAGGUUCCUUGGAAAACAAAAAGUCAGAAAUUAGCAUCUUAAUACAACAAACAACAUUGCCAAAUUUCAACAAAAUCGAGUAAAUAUUUUUGAAGAUAUUAAUAAAAAAAAUUCAAUUUAUCACCUUGUAACUAUAAACUUCCAUACCUAUGUUUAUAGAAACUUUUUUCAUAUUUUUUUAACAAAGAAUCACCCUCGAAAAUAUCUUCGUCUAUUUUUCAAACACGCUGUAUAUUAUAGUCACUGUUAUUCCAACAAGGAAAAGCCAACAACAUCAAGUUCUAGAUUCUCUUGUGUAUAAAAGUUGAUUUCACAAAAUGCAUUUAAAACAUGAAUUAAAAACAAUAUUGCAGGAAAUACAAAUAUAAACAUGAACAUGAGUGAUAGCAAAAUUGGCAAAAAAAUAAAUCAAAAAAUUAUGGCUCCAUUCGCAAAUAUAAACAUUAUUAAAUUAUUAAUAUCGCAUAUUGAUUUCAGAUUUAAUUCCAGGCAACGAAGUUUAUUAUUAACCAGAUUACGAAGCACUGUAAUUGUCAUUUAAUUCUCGACAGUUAAUAACUUAUCAACUAUCAGCUUCAGAAGGUGGUUUUAGCAUCUUUUUUUUUUGUUCCUAAAAGCACUUCGACCAGAGCAAAAAAACAAUUUUUGCAGCCUGUUUGAAAAAAUCGCUUAGACAAUGUUUGGCCUGGCAGCAUCCAGGUGCGUUGAAAGGCCAUUUUCGGAUAAUAUUAUGCGAAAAAUCCGAAUCAAAAUAUUUUUCCAAGCAGAUGAGAAAAUGCUACCUGGACUAGAACCGCCUUUUUCGAUAUUGGAGAAUCCUCUAGUCCCUCCUAAUUGACAAGGCAAAUAAUAAAAAAACCUUGAGGAACUACUAUGCCAUUUUCACUGCCAUGAGAUGCAUUCAUUGUUGAAACUUGGGACCAAGCCGAUUUCGUACCUUUUUACAUGGUUUUAAGGUGAUAUGAUUGAAGUCCUCUGCCUGAUGAUAGCUAAAUGACAUCCAAAAAAUUAUCAGAGAUGAAACAAAAUAUCCUGGCGGCAUCUAUGAGAAUUUCUUACAGCUAAAUCUACUUUAGAAAGGGUAACAAUGACCUUUUCAAAGUAGAUUUCUAACUAUUGUAGAGAGGAAAAAUGCAAGGAUCUCAUUUCAUCUAGGAUAAUUUUUGGGACGCUGAAAUAUACAAUAUUCCAUGGACAUAAAAGUAGCACGUAUUUUUAGACUCAAAAUAAGUCGAUUGGAUAUGAUUUGCCUCUAUGCAAAAGUGCUUUGUUUAUAAAAAUUUUCCAGACAUCUUUCUAACUGAUUUGAUUUGAAUUGAAUUUGGAACACGUGUCUUAGAAUUUGUUUUCUAUAAAAAACCCGAAAGGUCUCUAGAAGAGUGAAAACUCUCACCUCUACAUAAAUUAUAGCAGAAUUUUUUCCUAACUCUUACGAUGCCUCCGAUUUUUUUUUAUUUAAAAGUUCUUUUCCUAAAUCCUUUUCAUGUGAUAAUUUCGUGGUGUGUAUAGAGAGGCAUUUUUGUGCAUUUUUUCUGCAAUCGGAACUUGUUAACAAAUGCAAGUACAGCUCUGAAAUUGUCUGUGAAUAUUCCUCUUUUAUGGAAGAACGAAACGAGUGAUUACUUUUGUUCCUAUCACUUUCCUUUUCGAAAAAUCUUUGCUUCUCUCGAAAACUCAACUUGCUGCGGGACGAGGAUUUAAGAAAAUCAAAGAUUUUUCGAAAAGGAAAAGUGAUAAGGACAAAAGUAAUCACUCGUUUCAUUCUUCAACAAAAGAGGAAUAUUCACACACAGUUUCACAGCUGUACUUACAUUUGUUAACAACUUCCGAUUGAAGAAAAAAUGCACAAAAAAUGCAUUUUGUGAUAAAAAAAAAUGAAAAAUGAAAUUAUCAGAUGCAAAGCAUUUAGGAUUCUGCUGCAAACAUCAAGUUGAAAAGAAACCUAAAAAAAGGGACGUGCCACCUUAAAUAAAAUUGUAAUAAGUAUGUAACUUAAAGAGUAAUAAGUCUUGAUACAACUGAUUUUUUUUCCUGAAAAUUAUCCGAGAUGGCCUGGUUGUAUAAGAGACAAAAAAUGAAGUAAAUAAAAAGAUUUGCUGAAUAAAAAAAUUAAGAGUCAUCGGGAAAUUCUGCUAUGAUUUAUGUAAGGUUUGGGGGCUGUUUUGAGUCUAAAAAUACGACCCCUAAGUCUACGUAACAUUGGGACACACAAUGUUUAUCACAGAUUUUAUUCCAGUAUUUUUCGACUUCAUGGUAAAAAACAUUUAGUUUUCAAGAUAUCCUGAACUUCUUUUUUGCAUUCCACCGCAUAUACUUGAAAUUAUCUAUGAAUCUGCCGACGUAAAAUUAGCGUAAGGUUUCUGAUAUUUUCCCAGUAUGACUACAUCAUGGAACUUUCAGGUUCUGUUAGGUACAUGUUAAACAAGUCUUUUAUAAACCAAAGUUUGACAGGAUCAGACAAUAUUAAAUAAUUGUAUGACAAUAUCGAUUGUAUGCGCUUCGAAAGUUGACUAUAAGAAUGUGCUCAAAAAUGCACAUCUAAAAAAUUAAUUUAAAUCAUAAAUUGCAUUUGAAAGAUCGCAUAAAGUUCGCUGAAAUAAGAAUAAAAAUUGUCGCAACUGUUUUAGGUUGCUGAAAAUUUUAUUCAUUUAUUAUUAUUGAUAAUUAUACAUAAUAUAUUAUCAUUUAAUGAAUAAAUGAUAAAAUAGCGAAAUUUUAUCAUUAGCAUCGAUUCAUUUUACUUCAAAUCAAUUUGAUACUAUUUUUGACGAUUUUUGCAUUUUGGAUGUGCAUUUUUAUGUCAUUUUGCAUAUCAAAAUUGCUAUUUCUGUCUAGAGAAAUCUAGCGUAUAAGUAGGACUAUCACUAAAUAAUUUUUUUGUAAAUAUAAUUUAUGAGUAAAUCGGUGGUUUCUGGAAUUGAAUAAACUAUUUUUUGCGAGAUAUUUUCGAUCGAUAAUUCCGUUAUUACGCAUGGUAUCCAAAAAAGUUGAAAACCAAAAUUGUAGCUUACUUGUAAAAGAUUUUUAACUCUACAGGGGAAUUUUUCUGUAUAAGGUUUUUUGGCAAAUUUUUGAGAUUUCAGAUAAUCUAUCCCAAAAAUUUUUUUCUCCUUACUUUUUUUUUCAAUAGUUCUAGGGUGGUCAAGAAGGCAAAAUGAAAGAUUUUGCAAAAAUUUUCAAUGGAAUGCUUUAUAUAUUUUUACAUUACUUUCCACAAGCCUUCUUUUACAUAAGGUUUAUGGUUUUUUUACGACUGGUUUUUGAAUGAUAGCUAACCUUUUCGUAAACUUGAUGAACUGAAAACCUUCGUUUUUUUUUGAUGAAACUACCUGUGUAACAAUUUUUGAAAAUCGAAGCUUUCUGAAUUUCUGUAUAAGCAAAUAUCAGCUCCAUGAUAUGCAAGCGUUUCAUAAUAAAAAAAAACGAUAUUUAAUAAAAAUCGGUGUGAAGAAAAACUGUUUAUAAAAAUAUAUGAGUUUUCCUCAAAACAAAUAGUUUACAAUAAAAAUAAUUCCUGAGAUUUUGUUAUUAGAUGUCUGAAGAAUAUUAAAAAGGAUUGACAACAUUAAAAUGUUCGUUUUUUCAUAUUGUUUUCCGGGGUCGUAAAUGGCAUUUUUCGCAUUUUUUUCAAAUACUGUAUCGCUUACAUCCCGAAAAGCAUCAACUUUACAGCACAGUUCUAAAGCGCCAUUUUGUUCAGAAAAAUCUCAGGAACGCUUUGACUGGAACAUAAAACGAUGUUUGGAUGUUGUUCGAACAUUUCAUCUUAAAAUUACUCAAAGAGCCACCUCCUGAAGUUUGGCCACGUACUUGAAUAACACCCUGUAUAGUCCAUGAAAUACCUAGAAAAAAUAUUCUGAUUCAGAUUUUUGCAUAAUCUUAUUGAAAAAGGGCCGCUUUCGAUGACUCUGCAUAGUGCCAGGCCCAAGGUUGCGACAAAAAAAUUUUUCAAACAAAAUCCCAAAAUUUUUUUUGCUCCAAUCAAAGCGUUUCUGAGAUGUUCCUGAAUAAAAAGGUGCUUUAGAACAGUUCUAUAAAAUUGAUGGUUUAUAUAUAUAUAUUUGAAAAAAUGCGAAACAUGCCAUUUACGACCCAAAAAAAACAAUAUGAAAAAACGAAAAUUUUUAUGUUGUCAAUACUUUUUAAUAUUCUUCAAACAUGUAUUAACAAAGUCACAAAGCAUUUCAGGAGGUAUUGAUAUUGUAAACCAUUUGUUUGAAUUUGAGGGGCAUUGUAAUAUUUCGUCGUUGUUUUGAGAAAAAUUCCUAUGUGUUUCGAAGCAGUUUUCACAGAAUCAGAAAAAAUGUGCGAAAAGAGAAAUGAAAAAAAUUUGAAGAUAUGCAAUGGUCCAUUUGAAAUUUUUGAGAAAUGGUUCGAUUUGCCUUCUUGUAAACCCUGUAUAGAGUACCAAAAAAACUAAAAAAGUAAGCAGAUAGGAACAAAAUAUAGGAUCAUAUUUUUUUUUAAGGUAAAGUUCAGUAUUCUAGCUACAACAGUUGCGGACAUGCGAGUUUUCCAAGUUGUUUUUUUCUUCGAUAAAUUGUAAAAUAUCUCAACAAUUUGAAAAUAAAACCCUAUACUAAGGCUUCGUUUGAAAUGACAUAUGCAAAUCUGUAAUAAAAUAUUUUUUUCCAUUAGAAAAAAGACAAUGAUUCAGUUACUGUAAAAAAAAAUCUUAAAGCGCACUGUUGACUACAAUUUUUGUAUUUAAUUUUUUAGAUACGAUGAGUGAAAACUGAGUUAUCGACACCCAUUCAAAUCUCUAGAAACAAUUGUCUAUUGAAUUUCGAUUCGCUGUCCAUUAGAAGAACAUUCUUUGAACCUGUAGAAUGUAUUUUUCAAUUGUGCUAUAUUCAGGCUGUUUGAUAAUAAUUUAAGUUCGAUUGUUAUCACGUCGAUCUUUUUUUUUGUGUUCUGUGUUACACUUUAAAACGUACUGUAUAGGAUAUAAGAAGUAUUAUGGAUGCUGUUGCACAAUAUUGUAACGUAGAUGAAAAAUGCUGCGUUUGAAAAUCGCGGUUUUACUUAAAAGAUAUAUAUUUAAAAUAUAAACGUGCCAAAUAAGUAUAUAUUUUAAUCUGGAUUUUAAAUUAUUGUUGAACGUAUAAGUACUAAUAGUUUUGUAAACUGUUUUAAGAAUAAAUAUGUUGCUUACCCGUUUGUUUUAUUUCCCUUACAGUAACAAAAUUUGGAGAAAAAAAACAGAUACAUUGCUAAUCAAAUACAGUAAGAGCAAGACUACACCAGGUUUGUCUCAAAAAUGGGGUACCCAC